AUGGAUGUGCUGAUCGACCCCGGGACAAAGACGACGACCGGCGUGGAGUACCUCGACAUGAUGGGCCAGCGGAAGACCGUCCGAGUCCGCCGGGAGGUGAUCCUCAGCGCCGGGUCCAUCGCCACCCCGCAGCUCCUCAUGCUCUCGGGCGUCGGGCCCAAGGAGGAACUCGCCAGGCAUAAUUACUUACAGCUAGACUCCUCCCUCGCUCCUCGCCGGCGACCUCGCGUCCAGGCGAUGUCCCUCACCUGCCAAGAAUUCCACUUGAUUCUCCUCACGAACAUCCUCAUAAACAUCCUCACGAACAUCCUCAUAAACAUCCUCACGAACAUCCUCAUGAACAUCCUCACUUUUCGUAUCCCUCAGAUCCCUCUGAUCGUGGACCUGCCCGUGGGCGAGAACCUCCACGGGCACAGCGGGGUGUACGGGCUCACCUGGACGGUCCGGGACUUCUCGGGAUUCAAUUUCAUCCGGGACAUCAUGCUCAAUCCGGUCGGGUUCCUCCGGUGGUUCGUCUUCGGGGGAGGGGCGUUUUCGUCGCUGGGAGGGCUUGGAGGCCUGGCGUUCCUGCCGAGCAAUAACGCGACAGACCGGGGCUGGCCGGACCUGGGUUUCACCCUCCUCACCUUCACUCCCAGCACGGACGGGGGCCUGCUCCUUCGACGGGCGCUCGGCAUCCAGACGAGGGUUAGCAGCCGGCUCUGGGCGCCCGAGGGAGGGCGUCCGGGCAAGUCGAGCAAGAGAAAUGAGGAGAAAGGCGGAAAAAUAGCGGAAGAGGAGAAGCGUCCGUUCGGCGCUUCCUCCUUCUCCAGGCGCUUCCUCCUUCUCCGGACGCUUCCUCCUUCUCCAGGCGCUUCCCCGGAAGAACGCGUCGAGGUGCCCUCCCCCCCGAGGCCAUCCGAGAGCAUCGGACGAUCCCCGGGGAAUACGUUCUCGACCUACCGCCCCAUCAGCUUCCGCGACGGCUUCACCAUCAUCCCCUACGUGACCCGGCCCAGGAGUCGCGGGCGCAUCGAGCUGAGAAGCGCCGACCCCCUCGACCCGCCCAAGAUCUUCACCGAGGUCUUCUCGCAUCCGGAUGACAUGGCCCUCACCAUUCAAGGGAUCAAGAAAGCGCUGGAGAUCGGGAACACGGAGGCGUACAGGAGGCACGGAGCGCAGUUCUUCCCCUCCUCCCUCCCGGACUGCAGGGAUCGGGGGGUUUUCUCCGACCAGUAUUGGGAGUGCCAUGCCCGGUAUCUGACCUUUAACAUGUUUCAUGACGUGGGGACGGCGAAGAUGGGGCCGGCUGAUGAUCCGACUGCCGUUGUCGAUCCUCAGCUC